AGACUCGAAGCUGCGAUUUCACGCCAUGAUUUUGGUAUCGCCUAAAACCGUAGGGUUGUGCAUCUCCCUACUCAUUUCUGUGCGAACCAUUUAAAUUGAGAGUUCUGUCGCGGAGGCAUUGUUGUAUGUAGUGGCAUCAUGUUAGCUUCGGACGUGACGUCAUUGGAUCUGCGCUCUCCGGACGAAAAUACGUUCGCUAGUGGCUAUACCUCGUCUAUUUACAUGAUGACUACAACCACACAGAGAUGACGAAAAAGGAGGAGAAAAAGCUUACAGCUCGCUUGCUCUAUAAAAUGACCAACGUCACUCUAAUCAUUGACAGCUGUUCGACUGUCAUUAUGUAAAUAAUUUUCUGAAAAUGUGUGAACCAACAAAUUUUUGAACCCACCUUAAUUGCACGUACUCUUUUAACUCCCAGUUAAAUGAUUUCCUGUUUACUACAAUCAAAAUACACUAUAAUACUGUAAAUAUGGGCGAAAUCCUACGAACGUGGCUUAGAACGAGACUGGGAAUAAUAAUCGACUUGACACCUGAAAUAUUCGGACACUACGCAAGGGACGGCACGCUUAUGGCUAAAUUGCUUCACAGUUACGACAUCAUUAGCAGCAGUCAAUUAAACACAAUAAAAGGCACUCAGGAUCCCGCGUUGUGUCGCGUUAACCUAAAACAUCUGCGUCUGUGGUUGCAAUUUAUCGGCGUCGACUGUGACAACGACUACAUACAGGACAUCUCCAACGGUCGCGGUACCACGGCUUUACGUCUCUUCUACAAGAUCUUCCUCAGCUUGGAGAACAAGGACAGUCUCCAUUUUAUAACACUGCAGAAGGAACGAGAGAAGUACGUACCCACGUCCAGUAAGUUCGACGUCAAUGUAAUAUCUGAUGAGAAUGUAGAGAAAGACGCAGUAGAUCAUCCUCUCGCAGAAACUCUUUUGAAGAAUGCAGACAGCAUCGAGUGGCAUCGUAGCAAAUACCAAUCGAUAAUCGACGCCUGUAAGGUUGAACGACAAAAAUACGCCAAGUUAAAAGAAGUCAACGAAACAGCAAUAUGUCCGCCGAUUUCGGGCGGUCCUCUAAUCCCAAAAGCCGUCCUCGAGAAAAGGCAUAGCAAAAAGGAAAUUGAUGAAUUUUCACGUAGACACAAUACCAGUGACAAGGUUAACACUUAUAAAGAUUUAUGCGAGGAAAAGAAACAGGCAGAAACAUUAAAUCCGGUAAUGACGAACGGCGAAGCUGCCAGGACUUAUUUAAAACGUUUGAAAUCGCGGGAAAAGCAGACAGCAGUAACGCACGAUUUGAAGUCGCGCAUGCGCGACAGACUAGUCACUGAAAUGUGGGAUAACGUAGCACGAGAACAGGAGAAUAAACUUGACCGGGAGAUUGCCAGAAUGGUACUGACAGAGUGCAGGUACGAGAAACAGAUGAUCACAAAAUUGUGUGAGAUUCGCGAGCAGCGUGGAAGAAUUGCGAGGAACCGACAGAUCGUAGAAGAUCUGGUGCAAAAGACGAAAGAGUCGCGAGACCGUUUGGAACAGAAUAGUGUUCGCGAGGUUAUAGUGCGUGAGGCUGAGGAGUUUGAUGCAGAAUGUAACAGAAUGUGCGAACUUCAUCAGCGUCUCCGCGAUGAGAAGAUUCGUGCAAUUCGCGAAAAGCAUUUUCGACUUUGCAACAAGGCUGUCGAUGAUAUUGUUGACAUGUCAGUCAAGAUGGCGGAGUAUCGCUUGUGCACGAAACGUUCUGUGCCCACAACCUUGUGGAACGAAUGGCAAACGCUCUUCGUCGAGGGUCAGCCGAUUUUGGACCUCUUGGACCGUCCCGAGCUUAUCGUUAACACUGAUAGUGGCCAAGGAGCAAACGAAGUUUUUCAGGCUGAAAUCGUGAGGCAAGAAGUUUUGAAUACAGCUGAUAUUCUUAAUUAUGUUAAAGGCAGUGCACCGCCCUGGGAUCAAGUUGUGUCAGUGGACGACGUAUACAAUGAGAAAUCAUUGAAACUUGGUGAGACAGUGUUGGGUUAUAUUGUUCACAAAUUAUUGAGAUAUCUUUAUCCCAAGCCGAGUGAUCCUCAACCUCUGUCCAUGCCAAAUAUUUCUGUGGCUGCCAUUGUUCUAGGCGUUUUAGACAGUACGUUGUAUCCAGCUCUACAGGAAUUAUUGAAGAACCAUAAGAUUCGAUUGGUACGAGUGGAGGAUGCUAUUAAUUACUGUCUAAGAUGUUACAAAGAAAGUUUGAGUAUAAAUUCGGUGAGUCAACAAAAUUUGGAUAAUAUUGGCAGUCACGUAACCGCACGUAGUAGCAGAACUGACGUCGAGGUAAAAACAGCUGAGAAUUACGUCACGUCCAAUAUGGCUGACAAGCGUACUCAAACGCCAAGGAUUAUACCGUACGAUGACUUCGAGCCAGAUGUUCGUAAAGCUGCAUAUUAUGGAAAAUGGGCGAAUGAUUAUUUGACACUUGGCGAACCAAUCACGAACGAACUGAGUACAAAGAUGCUCGUGGAAUAUUUGAAGAGUUUGACAGAAGCUAAGGGAUGGGCAUUGAUCAAUUUUCCAAUGACUUACGAUCAAAUGGCGUUAUUGGAAUUUUUAUUGACGGGCCGUAAAGUUCCACAAAUCAUAGAGGAAGCUAAUGACGUGAAUGGCAAUAUCGAGGAGGUUGAUCCAGUGCCAUCUAGAAUAACUUUCGAAGAUGAAAGCGAGGAUGAAUUCGCUUUGAAACGGAAUUCAAAACUCUUGCCAAAUCCAUUGCCGAGACAGGUUGAUAUUCAUCUAAAAACAUUUAUGACAACUUAUAUUAAGGCAGAGUCUAACUUGAAACAUGGAAAUGUCGAGGACAACGAAAUUUUUGAAAUUUUACCUGAAGAUUCCACGCCAGUGGAUACUUUCUAUACGAAUGAAGGCAUAGCUUACAUACUGUAUUACAGUGCAUUGAAUUUAUCUACUCUGAAAAAAUUGGCCAGGCUCAUAUUAGGUAACAAAUCUGUAUCUGAAAAAUCUUCCGUGGAAUUAUUUGGUGACGCUCUAGAUAUUCUGGUGGAUAGGAAGGAAGAUCAGGGCGGUAGAAGCUACUUUGCCAAGCAGAUUCUUCCCAGAUUUAGUGACAGUGUGGAUGGUGGCGAGAGUGGUGACAUCUAUGAUGAGGCGCUUGCAUCAAUUCAAGACUUUGACAAGUCUCCAGCAGAACCUGGGGAAGAUCAUUGGGAAUGGAUUGACUUUCCCCAGCCACCAGAACUACUAGAAGCAAUGGCUACCCUCUGGGAAAAUAUGGAGAAUGUCUAUAUACAAGAUCUUAAGGAUGUUUUCUUUAUUAAGAGAAUCCAUUACGCCGCUAUCGCUCCGUACCAGAGUGAGGUAACUAAACAUAUGACGGAUUACAUAAAAAGACCGGACAACAAGCAGAAUAUACUUCACGAGUUUCACAAGGCUUACAAUGCCGUAGAGAUGGACGUAAGGGAUGAUCCUGACGUUAUGGGUGAGUUGCACUGUAGGGUGAUUGAUUGUCAAUCGGACCUUUGGCAAAUUUGUGAUGAUCGUCGAAACGAGGCUGAGAAUGAACGGAAGAAGUUAAUUACGGAUAAUUGGACUGCCUCGGAAAUUGUGAUUCUUUCUAAUGUUUAUAUUUCUAUUAUACAGGCUGAGAUUAAUCGUUUUUUAGAUACUAUGGAACUCUUGCACGACUAUUACAUGUCCAUGUUGCAAAGGCCAAUCAAUGAGUAUCGUUUGCCAAAAGUGGUCUUGCACAGAUAUACGUCUACGUCUGAGAUGGAUUCAGGAAAAAAAAAGGAAUCAAAAGAGACAAGAGAGACAAAAACGAAAACUAGUAUUGGUAAGGAUUCUGCGCCAUCAGCAAUUAGUGUCAAUCAAGUGAAAAACGAAAUUGCAAAUAUACUAAUUGACUGUGAGAAAAAUAAUUUGGAUCUGGACCGUGUCUCUUGUUAUGAGAUUAUACGUGCAAAUUUUCGUUAUGUACAAAGAACCGUGGAAUCCGUAUCGUCCGCCAUGUUGGAUUCAUUGAAAAAAGAAGAAAUGGCAGCAAAUGCGUUGUCAGCGACAACAACAAGGCGGGACUCUAGGUCUAGAGGCCAUUCGAAAAGAACCUCCACGUCUUUAGCACAUUCUGAUCCUAUAAUGGUCAACGUAACUAAAAGAAGUCCAGAUCUCUUUAAAGAGUGGCGCUCAGCCAUGAUGUACGAGGUGAAUCGUGUUAAAACAAAAUUGAAAAUUUUGGAAAUGGUUUCACGAGAUGAUAUUGGAAAUCUUUUGAAGACGAUGCAAAGCGUCUUCGGGGAUAUUUACAAAAUGCUUGUGGACAGAUACAAAAACGAAGUACAAAGUGUCGAUCAAAUGGCGACAGUAUUUUGUUACGCAAUCGAACAAAGUAUACCGCUUCAGAACGAGAUGUUAUUGGAUGGUGAUAAAUUUAUAGUUAGAUUGAACGUACUACUGUUCCCGGACAAAGAAGAAUUGUCAGCAAUGACAACACCCGAAAGAAUUUCACGUUUACAAUUCGGAAUAAUUCAAUUGGGACGUCUUCUGUGCAUACUCCGGUACACGGCGCCAAAUGGUAGUUUAAUGGAACGCCAUUUUGUCUAUCUCAUUCAGGACAUGAUAGCUUGUCAGGAAGACUGCACUUCCAGUCCGUUACCCUUGUCCUGGUUCGAAAUGGAACCGAAUGACGUGGAAAAUUUAAUUUUUGAAAUUUUUGGAAAUACCGAGUAUAUCGAUUGGAGAGAAUUUAUCAUUUAUGCAAUGGACAUUCCUAUACCGACGCACGAAGAAAUUUUAUACGCAAGAGAUAGCUUCCGGAAAAUGGAUUCGGAACUUCGUGAAGUGGUAACCCGAGAUCAAUUCUAUUCCGUUCCACUGUGGUUUUUGGAAUCUACCAAUAUACCGAGAGACUCCAGAUUUUUAUUACACGACGAAAUGGAACAAGACGAAGAAGAGAUGUACGAGGAAGAAUUAUUUUUUAACACUUCCAGUGCCAUGAGUACGUUCAAUAAACAGGAGACUGCCAGAAAAUCAGUAAUUGAUUGGAGCACGAGAUCAAAGGGACAUCUAACUGUUAAGGACCGUCUAGAAUCGAACCGUUUAUUUUGCGACGACCCUGACGAUCCUAAACCGGAAACUAUUAAUAGAUAUAUACUAGCCAAGAAAUUGCUAUGUCAAAUGUAUCUGACCAAUGCCUACACCACGAAUUAUACAGCAUUUUUAUUAGCAUUUUGUAAAUCCGAUGACCCCAGAGAUGGUUUUGGCAAAGCACUGACCUUGGCAAUGGGUGGCAGAGUCUGCAUCGACGAGGUCGAAGGUGAAUCGUACGUGUCGCAUCUCCUGGAGCAAAGAAGGCUCCAGGCGCUGGAGGAUGCACGUCGGAAUCGUCUACGAGAAGAAGCUGUCAAGGUUACGGAGGAUAUAGUGAUGGCUACGUUGGAUGAAGUUGUGCGAUUCUGUGAAAUGAAGGGUCUAAAAGAUCAAAUUCAAGAGGACGAGUAUCUUGAAUUCUUUAGGGGUCCAUUGAUAAUAGAGAGCUUGGAUGAACCCGGAACAACUGAUACAUCACCAGCAGUGGAUAUUCUGAAGCAAUUAGAAUUGUCCAGUGAUAACAGCAGUACGGAAAAGGAUAUUGAUUCCUUCAGAAUGACUGACAGCCUUUUGUUUACAUCCUCUACAUUGACAGCUAAUUUAAUAAGUACUGAUAAACUUGAUGGACGCCAUGUUCUUCAUUGGGUACCACGCGAGACAUGUCAGGCAGUUCUACUUGCUAGUCUACCGUGGCAUGCGAGACAGCCAAACUUGUACGAAGUAACCGGAAGCCUUCAGGAAAGCUUGAAGCAGGUUUAUUUAAAUCUCUACGACAAGGAGCUGAACGAAGAAAAGGACGUGGCGCUAGCGCAUCGUUUAGUAAAUCAUCCUUUUAUAGCCAAAAUGUUAUCAAGUACUUCCAAGUUCACAACGAAGAAUAUGGCGAGAGUUUUAGAUAAAUUGUUGCAGGAGAGAGACGAAAGAAAAAAUGCAAGUAAAAUAACGUUAACUCGAUAAA